UGAUUGAUGUUUUAGUGUCAUUUACCACAAAAGGAGAAAGAUGGAGAACAUACCUGGGAUUGACCAAGCUGCUGAGCCACCGGUUUCAUCUCUCCCACCUGCUGAUGUGCUGCAUAAUAUGGAAUCAGAACAAAUGACUCCUUCAAAGUAUUCUAUUAUUAGUAGGCAGGGGGUUGGUACCACAGGAAAACACAUACCUUUGCUUACAAACCUCUUCAAAGUUGCUGUUAAUGCUCCAGACACAAUGUUUUUCCAGUAUAGUGUUACUAUUUCUUUAGAAGAUAAAAGAGUUGUUGAAAGCAAGGGCUUUGGGAGAAAAGUGAUUGAUAGGCUUUAUGAAACAUACUCUUCUGAACUUGGUGGAAAAAGGUUUGCCUAUGAUGGAGACAGAACUUUGUACACAGUGGGUCCCCUUCCACUAAAUAAGUUUGAUUUCAAAGUGUUGCUUGAGGACUCAUUUGCAAAGUGUAGCGCUGAUAGUGCUGGUGCUAAUGGAGGCCUUCCUGAAGAAACUAAAAGGUCAAGACAUUCUUUUAAGUCAAAGACAUUCAUGGUGGAGAUAAGUUUUGUUACCAAAAUACCCCUACAGUCCAUUGCUCUUGCCGUCAAAGGGGUUGAGUCAGAUGCUAAUUCUCAAGAUGCUUUGAAAGUGCUUGAUAUCAUCCUGAGGCAGCAUGCAGCAAACAGAGGGUGUCUCUUGGUAAGGCAAUCUUUUUUCCAUGAUGAUUCAAGAAAUUUCACCGAUGUUGGGGCUGGAGUAACGGGAGUUCGGGGUUUUCAUUCCAGUUUUCGUCCUAUGCAGGGAGGAUUAUCUCUGAAUAUGGAUGUGACAACAACAAUGAUCAUAAAGCCUGGACCUGUAAUUGAUUUUCUCCUAUCCAACCAGAAUGUGAGGGAUCCCCGUAAUAUUGAUUGGGCAAAGGCCAAAAAAAUGCUUAAAAAUUUAAGGGUGCAUGCAACACAUCUUAACCAGGAAUUUAAAAUUUCUGGCUUGAGUGAGAAACCAUGCAUUCAGCAACUUUUUAGUAUGAAGGUUAAAAAUGGUGAUGACAAUAAUGGAGGGCAGACAGUGGAUAUUACUGUAUAUGAGUAUUUUGCCAAACACCGUGGCAUAGAGCUGACAUCAUCUGCUUAUCUUCCAUGCCUGGAUGUCGGGAAGCCAAAACGGCCCAACUAUCUUCCCAUGGAGCUAUGUUCACUUGUUUCCCUCCAGCGGUAUACAAAGGUAUUGUCUCCAAUGCAAAGAGCAUCUUUUGUUGAAAAGUCACGCCAAAAGCCUCAAGAUAGAAUGAAAAUUCUGACAAAUACUGUAGGACAUUGUUGCUAUGAUGAUGAUCCUGUUCUUGCUGCAUGUGGCAUUUCCAUUGAGAAGCAAUUGACUCCGGUUGAAGGUCGUGUUCUUGAGACACCGAAGUUGAAGGUUGGCAAGAAUGAUGAUUGCUUCCCUCUUAACGGAAGGUGGAACUUUAAUAAAAAGACACUUGUACAACCAUCACAUAUUGAUUUUUGGGCUGUUGUCAACUUUUCUGCACGCUGUGAUACUAGUUACAUAUCGAGGGAGCUGAUCAAAUGUGGAAUGAGCAAGGGCAUUAACAUUGAACGACCAUAUACUUUGAUAGAGGAAGAACCACAGUUGAGAAGAUCUGACCCUCUUACAAGGGUUGACAAAAUGUUUGACCUGCUUACAUCUAAACUUACUAAAGAACCAAGGUUGAUUCUUUGUGUCUUGCCAGAGAGGAAAAACUGUAAUAUAUAUGGACCUUGGAAAAGGAAGUGUCUGAGUGAUUUUGGUGUUGUAACACAGUGCAUUUCCCCCGUCAAGAUGACUGAUCAAUACCUUACCAAUGUACUUCUUAAAAUUAAUUCUAAGCUCGGAGGAAUAAAUUCUCUGCUGGCUAUAGAGCAUUCUGGGCAUCUUCCCAUAAUUAAAGAUACCCCAACAAUGAUUUUGGGUAUGGAUGUUUCUCACAGUUCCCUUGGUCGAGCAGAUAUUCCAUCAGUUGCUGCAGUUGUUGGAUCUCGAUGUUGGCCAUUGAUUUCUAGAUAUAGAGCAUCUGUGAGAACGCAGCCAUCUAAGGUGGAGAUGAUUGAUUCUCUAUGCAAGCCUUUGGAUGAUGGGAGUGAUGAUGGUAUUAUCAGAGAAUUGCUUCUAGAUUUCUAUAAUUCAAGUAAUAGACGCAAACCAACUCAAAUUAUUGUCUUCAGGGAUGGAGUUGGUGAAUCACAAUUUAAACAAGUUUUGAAUAUUGAGCUUAGCCAGAUAAUCAAGGCCUAUCAACAUCUUGGUGAGGUUAAUGUUCCCAAGUUCACUGUAAUUGUGGCACAGAAAAAUCAUCAUACGAAGCUGUUUCUGGCUAAUGGUCUGGAAAAUGUUCCUCCUGGGACGGUUGUUGACACAACAAUCGUGCAUCCAAGAAAUUAUGAUUUCUACAUGUGUGCUCAUGCAGGGAUGAUUGGCACAUCUAGGCCUGUACAUUAUCACGUGCUGCUUGAUGAGAUUGGUUUCUCAGCAGAUGACUUGCAAAAUUUGAUCUAUUCGCUAUCCUAUGUGAACCAAAGGAGCACAACUGCAACCUCAGUUGUGGCACCUAUAUGCUAUGCCCACCAUGCUGCAGCUCAGUUGGGACAAUUUUUGAGUUCUGAUGAUUUAUCAAAAACAUCUUCAAGUCCUGCAUUAGAGGGAAACACCCCCAUCCCAGAGCUUCCAAGGUUGCAUUCGAAUGUCCAGAGUACCAUGUUCUUCUGUUGAGGUGUAGAGUGCUGGCAGGUCCUAAAAAUUUAGUAAAAAAUUUUUGAUGAUCAAUCAAAGUGUAAAUAUCUCUGGGAUGUACAUUUUAGUAUCCAUGCGAACAUAGGAACCCCAAAUUUUGUUUGAUGGGGAGAUGGAUUUGUUGGCAUGGGUCUAGACAAUAUAUGUAGUUAGAAAAUAUUUUCUAUCAUCGAUAUGAAAAUUUCCCAUAAUUUGGGUAUUUGUAGGUAUUCUAUUCAAAAUUUAAUAUUUACUUAAUUU